CCCAACUCCCGAGACGCAAAAUCUAAUAAAAACCAGCUCAAGCCCGCAUACAAAGUAACACCCACACAACAUAUCUUCCCAUCCAUAAGAAAAAAAAAGAAACCAUUAAAGCAAAAAGACCAGAAAGAAGCAUCAUGUGCAACGUCACCUUCUUCCAACACAAAUCAUGCAAACACGUCUGGGCCAUCAUCUCCCACCCCUGCGGCCCCUACAUGGAUUUCCACACGUGCCCAACCUUCUGCGGCGCCGGCGGCAUCAAAAAGACGCCGGGAUUCUACAAGACGAAGAGCAGGCCGUGUCCGCGGUGCGAUUUGGGCGGGCUGUAUGAUCGGCGGUGCGUGCGGAUGGUGGAGGGGAUGGGAUGGGGGAUGCAUUGGGGGAUGGAUCCUGAUGGGGGGGAUUGGGCGGUUGAGGUGAGGAUGGGGGAGACGAGGAGGUGUGUGAUUUUGUGA